AUGGUUGCAACUUCAUAUUCUCUCUCCCCCUCACUCGCUCUCUCCCCACCCCCACGAUGCAAGGGGGCGUCUCAUCAAGAGGGACUCGAUAACUGUUACUCAACCGACACCACGAACGUGUCUCAGCGAUCUUAUGAUUUAAUAUUUCCCAACUUUUUCUUUUCUUUCUUUCUUUCUUUCUUUCUUUCUUUCUUUCUUUCUUUCUUUAUUUAUUUAUUUAUUUAUUUAUUUUCUUUCUUUGUUUCUUUCUUUUCUUUCUUUCUUUAUUUUCUUUCUUUCUUUCUUUAUUUAUUUUCUUUAUUUCUUUCUUUUCUUUCUUUCUUUCUUUCUUUCUUUUAUCUAUCUAUCUAUCUAUCUAUCUAUCUAUCUAUCUAUCUAUCUAUCUAUCACGGUCUGUUCAUAUCUAUCUAUCUAUCUAUCUAUCUAUCUAUCUAUCUAUCUAUCUAUCUAUCUUGGGAUACAGGAUAUAGAAGAGUAGUUAAAAAUCUGUUAUUGGCAGGCUUAAUCAAUCUUUCUUCCUUUCUCUAUCUAUUUAUAUCUAUAUUUACCUAUAUCAGAUUAAUAACCUUUCCCCCCUCUGCCUUCCUUCCUUCCUUCCUUCCUUCCUUCCUUCAUUCAUUCAUUCAUUCAUUCAUUCAUUCCUUCAUUCAUUCAUUCCUUCCUAUCCCUACCGAGGUAUAUGAAAAUCUAACACAAUCAUUGAUAAAUUCUUCUUUCCUUCCAAUCAUUGAAUCAUUCCUUCCUUCCUUCCUUCCUUCCUUCACUGCUUAUUUUCCACCAUUUUCCUUCCUUCUUUUCUCUUUUUGUCUCUUCAUUCCUGCUUUCUUUUUCUCUUCUUUCCUUCCUUUUUCACUUCUUUUCUUUUUUCUUCUUUAUCUCCUUCUCUUCAUUUCUUACUUUAUUCAUCUCUUCAUUGCUUCAUCUUUCCUGAUAUUUGCUCUAUUCCUGAUAUUGAGCACAUUUAACCCAUAA